AUGAGUGCGACAACACAGGCGCCGGCGAGCGCUGCAUCGCCCGUCGACGAAGAUGCGAGAUGGAAGUAUCUCAACCAUAUUCGCCAGACGCCUGGGCCCUUUACCGACCCGGCAUCGCAAGACGAGGUCGCCAUGCGAAUGUUUGACAACUUCAAAGUCCUAGUCAUUGGCGCGGGUGGCCUAGGCUGCGAGAUCCUCAAGAACCUCGCCAUGUCCCGCUUCAGGGAUAUCCACGUGAUAGACAUGGAUACCAUUGACAUAUCGAACCUCAACCGCCAGUUCCUCUUUCGCAAGGCAGACGUCGGCAGCUACAAGGCGGAGGUUGCCGCGCGAUUCGUCAUGAACCGCGUCACAGGCGUCUCCAUUACAGCACACAACAAGACGAUUCAAGAAUUCGACCUCGACUUCUACCGCCAAUUCCAGCUUGUCAUCUGCGGACUGGACAGUAUCGAGGCCCGGCGGUGGAUCAACAGCACUCUCGUCACCAUUGCCGAAGAGGGCGAUCCCGACUCCAUCAAGCCACUCAUCGAUGGCGGGACCGAGGGGUUCAAAGGCCAAGCGCGCGUGGUGCUGCCCUCGUUCACAUCGUGCAUCGAGUGCCAGCUGGACAUGCACGCGCCACGCGCCGCUGUGCCGUUGUGCACCAUUGCCUCCAUCCCUCGCCAGCCGGAGCACUGCAUCGAGUGGGCGCACGUCAUUGCCUGGGACCAGGAAAAGCCCUUCCCCAAGCUGGACAAGGACGACCCGGAGCACGUCACCUGGCUGUUCAACAAGGCGGCGAAGCGUGCCGACGAGUUUGGCAUUCCCGGCGUCACCUACUCGCUCACCCAGGGCACCAUCAAGAAUAUCAUCCCAGCCAUUGCCUCGACAAACGCCAUCAUCGCCGCCGCCUGCUGUAACGAGGCCUUCAAGCUCGCGACGAGCUCGGUGCAGUGCCUCGGCUUCGAGAACAACUACAUGAUGUACUCGGGCAACGACAGCAUCUACACCUACACGUUCAACCACCAGAAGAAGCCAGACUGUCCCGUGUGCAGCGACCAGAGUCGUCCCUUGGACGUCGACCCCAAGUCCACGCUGCAGGAGCUCCUCGACUCGCUCGCCAUACGCCCAGAGGCACAGCUCAGGACGCCCUCGAUACGCGCCGAGGGCAAGUCGCUGUACAUGCGAGCGCCGCCCCAGCUGGAGGAGCAGACGAGGCCGAACCUGACAAAGACCCUGCUAGAGCUGGGCCUGGCGGAUGGGCAGUACGUGAAUGUGACGGACAAGGCGUUCAACACGCAGUUUGACUUUACGCUGGUCUUUAAAUGA